AAAAUGCUUCAAAGUGAACAGCUUUGGGAGCCAGGUUUGAAACCGGGACUGGCGAAAGCGGCAACCCCGCCGCCACCCACCCGCCUUUUCUCCGCCUUUCUCCCUACAACAGCCUUCCGCCCUCGUUUUAUUUAUUUUUUAAUCAGAUCUGAGAUCCCAUUGGAGGGAGUUCAGUAAAUGAGGACAUUUCCAGGACUGCGUGGCUUCUGCUGUUACUCUGGCAUUGAAUUGCCUCCGCGACUCACGAAUGAAUUAAUGUUGGACUGCGAAAUCUAACGAGGAGGAAGAAGAGAGAGAGAGAGAGAGAGAAAGCAGGCGUUGAUAGUGGUUAGGGGUCUCCGGGAAGAUUUUUGUUUCUUUUUCUUUCUUCUUUUUUAAAAAAAUCUCCUUGGUGUUAUCUUGCAGCAGAUGCUCUUGAGAGAGUGGCUCGUUCCUCUGCAAGCUUGCAGAAGUGAGCCGGUAGAGAUGCAUCAUCGCAAAGGAACUGCACUGACCUUUACUUAUUUCUAAGGAAACGCUGUAAGGCUAAGUAACACGAUGGCCAAAGGAACUGAUCAUGAGAUGAGGAAUCUUUCAUCUCCAGCUUCACAAUCCCUCAAUGAUGAAAGUACCACAGGAAGUGAGGAACCCAGCAAAUGCUUGCUUGCAGUUUCUGAGAGUGACGUUGAUUCAGCAACAUCACUUGCCUUAGAAAUGAAAUAUGCAUUGGAUCCCAACCGACAAAUCAAGAAGAGAAACAAAGCCCUACAGGUGAGAUUCAAAGACAUCUGCGAGGCUCAGAAUGAGCAAAGGGAAAAACAACUCUCUUUGUUACAGCAGACUGACCAAAAGGAAGCAAAACCCAUCUCUUACAGAGCAGCUUACCGAAAAUACAUGACAGUGCCUGCCCGAAGAUCAAUCCCUAAUGUUACUAAAAGUACAGGAGUUCAGACUUCGCCUGAACUUAAAAAGUGUUACCAGACCUUCCCUUUGGACCGGAAAAAGGGAAAUGUAAUCAAAAGCAUAGCUUCAGUUGACACUUUUCCAAGUCAAAACAACGGAUUCCUAAUUGAUGUUAAAGAGAAAGACAGCAAAAUCUCAGGAGAGGCUGUUCAGUGCAGCAAGAAAGUCACUGGAUUUGUGACAGCUGAAUUUAUUUCACAUACUAAUGAACGCAUGAACGCAAUAGAGCUGCUUUCUAAGGACAACUGUUUGGAGACAUGUAUAAGCACUGAUUUGCACAGCUGUAGUAAAGAACCUCCUUCUCUACAGGACUCAGCAGCUUCAGUUUUAGAAGAGCCUGAUUACCAGCUGCAUGACAAAGCAAAACACCACACUGGGCCAUUGAGGUAUGAGGAAGCUAAUCCAGCCAGCCAAGGAAAAGUGUUCAAGACCGAAGUAGCUUCUGUCUACUUGCCCGCAUCUGGUUCACACACCUCACUGGCUGACCAGCAACAUUCGGCAGCAACAGGGAACGACUGGUCCCUGUGUCCAGCCGAGGAGGAGGACAGAAAAAGAACUCUGCAUCUUAAUGGUCUGCAGUCACAAGCUGUAAGUACAGCUCAGGCCUGUCCCACGCAGGCACAGUGUACCCAAUGUAACGAACAGACCCUUCAGGUAAAUGUUUCACCUAUGGAAGGAAAACAGCCUUGUCAGACAGCAGUUGCUGUGAGUGAAGGAUGUCAACAAAUUGUGCCUCACACUGAAGUGGUAGAUUUGAAAGCACAGCUACAGAUGAUGGAGAAUCUGAUCAGCUCCAGUCAGGAAACCAUAAAGGUCUUGUUGGGUGUUAUUCAGGAGUUGGAAAAGGGAGAAGCUCAUAGAGAAGGAUAUUGUUCCAAGGGGAAAAACUUUAUGUCGAAAUCGGACCUUGACUAUGUAAUGAAAGCUUCUUCUCAUUUGUUGAGACUUGACCCAUUAAAGCUUUCAUAUCGGACUGGUCAAGACACAUCCAAUUGUGACACAUGUAGGAACAGUGCGUGUAUAAUCUAUAGGGGUAUCAAACUGGCGGCCCGUGGGCUGGCUGUGUCACAUGUAGUCCACGCCCACUCCAGCUCCACAAAUGGGAAAAACGUGAAAUGUCAUGGGACGCGGUGAGUUUGACACCCUUGCUGUUCCACAAUAGCUUGUGAGAAAAAUACACCAAACAAUUUCAUGGGUACAAUAGAGCUGUGAUUCUCAGUACUGGUUGUAUGUUAAAUUUCAUCAAAUUGCAAUAGACAAAAAGUCAGCUUCAUCUGCCAAAGACCCUCUCCUUGAGCUGACUAUUAUGGAUUAGGAGGAAAUCCAUAAUAGUCUCAAAGUUUCAGCUUUGGGCACUUCAGCCUAAACCUAAGAAGAGACAGAGAGAUAUGAUGAAGGAAAUCUGAUACUAAUUCUUUUGAAUGACUCUGACAUUCAAAAUGAGAAAUUGAAAUUACGGAA